AGUAUAAUUGCGGCAAAACGUGUCUUUUGUAUGGACGACCUACACCGUCACGAUUGAGUGCCUCUGGAAAGUCUGAAAGCCAAAUACGAGCUCACACUCCUCGGCUUUGAGUAUAAUUGCGGCAAAACGAUGACGGAAAAUCAACAGCUUUUAUCCCUAGAGGCAAAAGCAACAAUCGUUGCUGCUGUAGGAGACGCCUUGCGAAUGCAGCCGUCAACGGUUAUCGAGCAAUUAUUUCAAAAGAAGCCAAAGGUUGCAGAAAUUUUGUCACCCAUAGAAUUAAAAAGCCUUGUGUCUGAGCUAAGGCCUCUGUUGACACAUGAAGAAGCUGAAAAUUUGGUCGAGACGGCGCACGUCAGCAUCCCUAACUUUUAUGCAGGUGCCCAUUAUGCUGCUGCUGAAUUCAAAAGUGCUGUUCUUAAGUUCAAGCAUGUGAUUCAAGCUGCCGCAAGACACUCUGUGUACAGAGUAUUUGAUCAACCUGCCUUUUCUGACAGACAAAUUGAAUACCCUUCUUUAACAGUUUUUCUUUACCCUGCAAUGAACAACCUGAAGCCAGAGAAACCAGUCAGAGUUACCUCUCUACUUACCAAAUCAGGCAAAGAAAAGCUAAAGCCUUUGAAUACUUGCAAGAAGAUCGAGGGUUUUCCCUAUCCUGAUGAAACCUGGUCGAAAGGAAAUUGCGCUCUGAAUGCGAAGCUCUUCUUAAUUCAAGCCCUGUGCAAGGAGGGGCACAUCAAGGCAGCCACUCUCCUGGCAUACAAGGCAAUGUUUGGUCCCCUGAGAGACCUCCUUGAAUGUCUUGUGCUCACGAAUGGAAAAUGGUCCCAAGAAGCAGAGAACUUGCGCCAUUGGACAAUCUUUUGCAGUUAUCCACAUGUCUAUUUAAACAACUGGGACACGAAUGCGGCCUGGGAGGAGAUUUUUUUUUCUUCCCAGACCGUCCUUCUAAGAGAAGAGGUUUGUGUCAUGUGUGAGGAUGUUCAACAAAUUUCGUCUGGGCCACCGCACCUCAGUCCAGAAGAGGCAUUAGUAGUUGUGGCGGGAGAAAAGGCUGGACUGGACCCUUCAAAGACUUGCCGAGAAUGCGGCGCGAAAGGCCAAAUUAAAGCCAGAAUUGUCCUGUCGGAAUCUGUUAUUGCGUUGGACUUCAGCCACCCUGGAAGUUCAAUGGGGUUACCGACACUCCAGGAGGCCACACAGAAAGGACUUCUCCGAGACAACUUCUGGAUGCAUGAUCAGGAAUAUGUGAAGUUUGGAGCUGUGGUUGACGAAAUCGCGGAAACUGAACCGUACAUUAGAGAUGGGUGGCCGGAUGACCAUGUUUCCUCUCAAUACAACGAGGCGAAAUUGGUUUCCGCCGUCAAAUAUAACAUUGGAGAGCCUCCCUUACGCAACGAGAGCAAAGAAGAGGAAGAAGAAGCAUGCCAACAGAGCCGCGCCUCUUCACACAACUUCUUUAUCUUAAGUAAAGACGGAAAAGACAGAAGAAUCUGUGACGCAUCCGUAAGCACCAGCUUUGACGAGAAAGAGUUUGUUGAGACACAGGGAACUAGAUACACAAUUCAGUACCUUUACUUCGUUCCAAAAAGUGCGAUUUCAGAAAGCAAAGAUGAACAAGGCAAGAUAGAAGAUGAGAAACCUCGAACUGAUGAAAAGGGAGGUCAAAAAAAGAAGGAUCUGAAGGAACAAACACCUGAAAGAAGAGAGACAAGAUCAAGAACGUUGACCACAAAAUCCUCUUCCGAUUCAACAGUUGUUAAAAAGAAGUUGCCGCUGCGUGAUAAAAUGACUGAUGUAUCUCUCUUUGAAAGAAUGGUCAUCAACAGAGAAGGGUGCAUCACCUUGCAAGUUCAACACAGAAUGGCACCUGAGAUGGCCAAACUCAUUGUUCCAACAAUCUACAAAACCCUUGGGAACCACCAAAUCGAAGAUCGGAACGCACUGGAUUCUUCUCUAACUCUCAGAUGUGAAGGCAGUGAAGGUCAUGCUGACUACAAAUUUAAAGUGUCAAGCCCAAUAGACUUCCAAACAGUUUCUCCUUAUGGCGGCUGCAACCAGAUUUGUGAAGACCAGCUCAGCUGUGGUCACCCUUGCAAGACUGUUUGUCACUUGAUGCAAAUCGAGCAUACAAAAAUCAAGUGCAAUGAACCCUGUGAGAGGAAAUGUGACGCUGGGCUUCACUCAUGCAAGCAAAAGUGCUUCGUUAAGUGUGGAUCAAGUUGCAUGGAAAUGGUGCAAAAGAACCUUCCCUGCGGUCACCAGGCAAUGAUGAGGUGUCACGCCGAUGAAGAACAUUUCUUCUGCACAGAAAUCGUGACAAAGAAAUUCCCCGAGUGCAACCACGAGGCAGAGGUUGCAUGUUCUUGCAAGAGGUGUCCUCAACCCUGCGAUAUGAAGGCACCUUGCGGUCACAGCUGCACCAGGAAGUGCCACACGGACUCUGAUCCCGACCACCUUCAAUACAAUUGUACCAAGCCAUGCAUAAAGAUGAACAAGGACUGCCAAUCAAAUCAUCCGUGCAAUAAGAAAUGCUGGGAGGAAUGCAGUGUUUGCGAAAUCCAGGUGAAGGUAAAGAGGAGCUGUGGCCAUCAAUUUGUUUUAAAAUGCUACAUCGAUCCAGAAGGAAUCGAAUGUCGCAACAAGUGUGCAAAAUUGCUUGACUGUGGUCAUCGUUGCCUAAAGAAGUGCAACAUUGAAUGCUUGCCCUGCACUCAGCUAGUGGGAAAGGUCAUUUCGGAGUGUGGCCACUCUGCAAAGGUGCCUUGCGGUCGAGAAGCAACCAAAGAAGAUUGCGCAGAGCAGUGCAAGAAGCUUCUUUCUUGCGGACACGCUUGCAAAGCCAAGUGCUCCGAAGAAUGCACCCCCAAUUGCCGGGAGGUUGUGGAACCGAGUGUUGGAGGGUGUGGACAUAAAAUCAAAACGCUCUGUCUGGAGAAGACUAAAGGUUUGAAGGCUGAUGUGAUGAGAUGCACAGCCAAAUGCAAUACAGUGCUAGAAUGCGGACACACAUGCGGAGGAACGUGCAGGACUUGUCUCCAAGGUAGAUUCCACGUGCCGUGUAAGCAGAAGUGCACCAAAGAAUUCCUUUGUGGUCAUAAGUUUCCUUCUGAGUGCAGUGAGCCAUGUCCACCAUGCCAAAAGAAGUACCAUAUUGUCUGUGACCAUAAUGAAUCUCAUGAAAUUACUUGCGGACAGCCAAGAAAUAAAUUCUGCAAGCAAAAAUGUUCUGCUAAAUGUGACCAUGGAAAUAAAUGUACCAGGAAGUGUGGAUUGGAUUGCAACUACAGCAGGUGUGAGGAAAAGUGCACCAAAACACUGCCAUGCAAGCACCCUUGCUGCGGAUUCUGUGGAAGCCCUUGCCCUGGCCUGUGUUGGGAGUGUGACAAGGAAGAAUUGCUUCAGCACGCAUUCCCUUUUGGAGCCGAGAUUCCUGAGAAUGCAAAAUUUGUUUUACUCCCCGAUUGCCAUCAUACUAUUGAGGCAGGAGCCCUGGAAGCGUGGUUCAAGUGGCAGUCGUCACAGCUUGAAAUAAAAAGUUGCCCCUUGUGCAAGAAAAAGAUUUCGGCACAACUUGUGCAGUACAAGAAGGAAAUUUGGGAAUCAUUUGUGGACUUUAUCAGAAUUUGUGAUAAAUCAAACAAAGAAGACCACAUUGACGCCAAGGAAUUGAUGGAAUGAUCCUACCGACUGGGGGACCAAUGUGUUGAAAUUGCAGCUGGCCCAUUGUUUGAUUUUGGGAGGCAAAUGCACUUGGAAUUACUUAGAGGCCUAGAGGGAGGAAGUAGAAGCAAAUAAAAGUGGAAGUCGUCAAACUGGACCAAGCUACAUGUUCAUCAGCCAUCAAUUGCCUGUGAUUAAGAAAAAGAUGGAUGUUUUUGAAGCCAUGUUAGAAAUUUUCAAUUCAGCGUCCUGCAAAAAUUUUGCUGCUGUGAAGUCUGAAGUUGAUUUCAUCAUUAAAAUGCUCGAGGGAUAUUCAAAAUUAUGUAACCAGAAUAUCAGGGACUUUGCAGCCCUUCUGCUUGACUUGAAAAGGAAGGUUGAGUCUUCAAAAGAGGUCAAUCUCCCUGAGGAUAUUAUGGCAAGGCAAAGGUUGCUUUGGCAGAAAUGUGGAAAGUGUGGAAACUUGGAAUUUGGCCCACAGAAUACAACCAAAAUAUGUAGCGAGUGUGAUGCCACCCUGAAAAUAGAUCCACCCUUGUUUCCUGAUCUGGACCCUUCCAAGCAGUACAACUCAAAGGGCAGGGUCAAGACCUCACGACCAAUUAAGUAUAAUUUAAACUGACCUGUAUGAUCAAAUAAGCUUUUGUUCUACAUUCUGUCAUAAUUUUUAUGAUUGAUGAAUAAAUAAAUUUGUAAU